GUCGGCAAUGGGGAUCGUCAUACAAAUUGACUGGCCACCACUUCCUUGUUUGCUCGUUACGGAGGAACAUAUGCCGAUAAUAUACCGAUAAGGUAUCGAUAGUUUACCGUCGAGUCAAUUUUUACCGUACCUCCCGAGCCCAAAGCGAAGGAACGUUUAAGAAGUAUUACCACCCCCCCACUGUGAGCAUACUCAGGCGAUCAAAACGCGCCCCUCGUUAUCCUUCCCCCCCAACAUACAAAAACGGUGUACCAUUUCGCCUGGCUGAUUUUUUUUUUUCCUUCAAAAAUUAAGGGGAGAACAUUUGCGCACAAAAAAAAAAAAAAAAAAAAGUUUAUUGUAACAUUUUGGAAGAACCAUCCAUAAGGUACAUUUUAACGCGUAAAAAUAAUGCUACAAAAACAGAGUCAUUUUUAAGAAAAGAUACUGACAUCCUCCUUUUCGUAGCAAUUUUUUAUUUUAAUAUAGAAUAAAUUUGUACAAGUUAAAGUGCGCGCUUUUGGAGAAGCAAAAUGGGACGAGUACGAACGAAAACCAUCAAAAGGGCCGCCAGGCAAAUUGUGGAGAAGUACUAUGCCAAGCUAACGCUGGACUUUCAAAUAAACAAGAAGAUCACAGAAGAAGUUGCAAUCAUUCCCUCCAAGCGAAUGAAAAAUAAAGUUGCCGGGUUUGUUACUCACCUGAUGAAGAGGAUCCAGAAGGGACCCGUCAGAGGUAUCAGUUUGAAGCUCCAAGAAGAGGAGAGAGAAAGACGCUUAGACUUCGUUCCGGAGAAGUCCCAAAUAGAUGUCAACGUCAUUUAUGUCGAGCCGGACACGGUGCGUAUGAUUAAGGCGCUUGGAAUAAACAUCAGCAACAUGAAGGUGCACAACCCGAUGAUCAAUUCGAACCAGCAGAAGCAGAACAGGAUGAACACGCAUUAUUAGGAAGUAGCGGCGAGAGUGGAGAAAGGGCAUCUACGCAGCAGCUAGGGCCUCUUUGCAAAACCGCGUUUGAGGCUACGCCGUAAGUUAGGACCAAGCGGAAGCGCAUCACGGCUAGGAAGGAGAGCGCUUAUAAAGUAGGACCCACCACGCGCUGCUACCUUCACGCCCGCAGCAUGCAUGGAUGCAUAUGCAGCUGUACGCACCACCCAUCGGAUGUACACUCAUGUAACCAUUUCGUUUUUUUUUUUAAAAAAACAGCCACGUACGAACUGAACCUUUUGACACUCCUGUUUUAAUUUUUUGAAAUGUGA